UUUUCAGUGACGUGAGCGCUUCCUGGCACCUCGUGCAGGUUGCGGAUGACAGGAUCAGCUGACUGCACAGAAGAUGAAGCCGCUGCUGCUUUUUGUCUCACUGCUGCUGACCGUGUCAGCUGCUUAUUACAUCUACAUCCCGCUGCCCGAUGCCAUCCAGGAACCGUGGAAGCUGAUUCUGCUGGAUGCGGGAUUCCGCACGGCCAUGCACUGGGCUGCUUUUGAGAAAUUUCUGGGCCUUGACGAUUACAUCCUCUCAAUCAGGAAAACUAUAGGUCAUUUUGAGGGCCUGGCACAGUUUUUUGGCAGCUUUGGGUCUGGUGAGGGCAUUGUCUCUGGAGUUAAGGUCAGCGAUACCACUUUCGGAGGUGUUCCCGUGCGCAUUUAUGAGCCACCCACUGGUGGGGAGGGGCAUCUGAGGAGGGCCGUGAUGUAUUACCAUGGAGGAGGCUGGGCCCUGGGCAGUGGCAAGGAGGGAUCGUACGACACUUUGAACUGGUUGUUGUCUGAUGAGCUUAAUGCCGUUGUGGUCACCGUUGAGUAUCGGAUGUAUCCAGAGGUGCAUUUUCCUGAACCGUAUCUAGACUGUCUGGCUGCAGCCAAGCACUUCUUGUCUCCGGAGGUUCUGGCGAGGUAUAACAUUGACCCCGAGCGUGUGGCGGUAGCAGGAGACAGCGCUGGGGGGAACCUGGCUGCUGCUGUCUCUCAGCAGAUUUCCACAGAUGAUGGCAUGAGUGUGAAAUUCAGUAUCCAGGCCUUGAUCUACCCAGUGCUUCAAGCUCUAGACUUCCACACGCCUUCCUACUUGGAGAAUCAGUUCAUACCCAUCCUCUACCGCACCCUCAUGGUGCAGUUCUGGCUGCAGUACCUCGGUGUUGAUCUUUCUUUGCAGCCACAGUUUCUCGCUAACAACCACAGCGCCUUGCACCAUUCCACCGUAUCUCUAGAACUCCGGGGACGGGUGAAUUGGACUGUCCUUCUUUCCCCGAAGUACAGGAAGCACUAUAAGCCUGUCGUGGCAGAAAAGGGGUCACAGCAGUUCAUAAAGGAAGUGCCAGGUCUAGUGGAUGUGCGGGCUUCGCCGCUGCUGGCAGAGCCAGAGGUUUUGGCUAAAUGUCCGCGGACGUACAUUCUGACUUGUGAGUACGACGUGUUGAGGGACGACGGCCUGAUGUACGCACGGCGCUUAAAGGACGCAGGUGUCGCCGUGACCAGUGACCACUACGAGGAUGGGUUCCACGGCUGCUUCAGCUUCUCAUUCUGGCCUCUGGACUUUGACGUGGGGAAGCGGAUGAUCAGGGGAACCAUCAGCUGGCUGCAGAAGAACUUAUAACAUUAAACAACAUAGACACCCAUCAGACACAAAGUGUGGACUCAUGCACAUCUUUUGUUUCUGUUCAAGUUGUAAGGUCAUGACCCAUGUGAGAUUUAUGUGACAUUUGUGAAAGAAUUGAUUAAAUCUUUAUUUUGAACAUGGAAAAAGAUUAAAAAGUGGGGAAAAAUAAUUUCCAACAAACACAGUGAAGCAACUACCUCCACAUUGCACCAUUGAGCAACGCUGCUGUAGCAUUUUCGAAGAUGCUACAGCGGGAAAUGGCACAUAAACAAAACAAACGGUUAAAAUUAUAAUCAGCUAAGGAAAACAAUGCACAAUGUACAACACAACACGAAAUAAUAAACAUAAUAACGAGCAACCCCAAUUAGCGACACAUGCCCAAAUGAAUAACAGGUACAGCUUGGCAAUGCCACAUUAAUAACAACAAUAAAAAUACAAAUAAUAAUUAUGACAUAAUUUGUGUUGCAUUUGUCAGGGAAAAACAUUUCAAAGUGUUUCACACAAACAAAACACAUUAAAACAAAUCAACAACAAAAUCAAUCAACUAUGCCGACAAUGUCAAUUUAAAAUGUUACAUGAUAAAAUAAAAAAAUAUGUUUGCUAUAAACAGAGAGAAAAAAGGUGAGUUUUUGGAUUAAUAGGUCAUAAAAAGCCAUAUCUGCUCUUUAAACUACUUAAAUGCUUUUGUUUUUGGAUUUUUUUAAGUAGACAAUUUGUUGGUGUUUAUUUGUGUAUACAUUUUGUGUGUUCAUUUUUUUUUUUUUUUUGCAUGUUAGCGUUUUAAACUGAAGCGUACUUUGAUUGUUUGACUUGAAAGCACUUUAUAAAUAAAUUAGAUUUACUAUCUCGAAAACACUU